AUGUGUAUGCUUCAUCUUCAUGUAAAUAUAUACUGCAUGCUGUUGCAAGUAGAUUUUGGAAAACAAUUGGAAUCAAGCAAAUCAGAAAGUCAGAAUGAUGAAAAUGAGGCAGAGGAAAAUACUAUAAAUGUAGAAAUAGACACUUCUAGCAAUAACAUAAAUAUUGAAAAUAUAGAUAAAUUUCAACAAGACGUAGACUGCCUUUGGUUCUAUUCACUUCUAGUCCAUCAAAGGAAAUAUCCUGUUUGCCCUAUCAGCCACCAGAUGAUAGAGUUUAUAGACACAGACAAAUCAAUAGAGUACAUUUCUAGCCAUGUGUUACGUGAUAAACACGUCAAUACGAAAGACAUUGAUAACUUUAGUGAAUUGCUAUACAUUUUUGGCAAGUGUGAUGCGUCAUCGUUGAAAUUUCAAUCAGAGCACAGAGUAUGCACAGCUGUGGAAUAUUUUAUCAGAGCCUUUGAGAAUGAGGAAAACCCUAAUGUGAAGCAGAAUCUGGAGCCUGGAAGAGAAGUCAAUCACCCUUUUUGCAUGGCCGACCAAAGUUUUGAGUACAUGAAUGUCAUGCAGACAGUUGGUCUUUGCUUUGACAGUGAUAUUUCUGCGAAGAAGAGCGUAAACCCACAAACACAAACGAGACCAAAAGACAUCAACAAUGUUGACUGUAUGAAAAUAGAUUAUCAGGAUAUAAUGCAGAUAUAUCUAUUUCAUUCUACGUGUUCUUAUUAUGGGAAGGAUAUUGAUUCUGAACCAUCAUGUUUAGAGCCUGUUCAAAUAAAUAAAGUUUUUACUGAAGAUUCAAUUGACAUUGAUGACAAACAAAGAACAGAGAAAGAUAAUAAGCUCAAAGCAUCUGAGGGAAUCAUCAAGGUGUCCCCAAAUGCUGCUGCCAAAGUUGAGUUUUUGUCUCUCCUCUUAAUGAGUUGGUAUCCACAUUUAGAAAUCACUCCAGCGAAUGGGGUUGAAGCAAAGAAGACACCACCAAUUGACCACACAAAGACAGAGAAACAUCCACCUAGAAAUGAUACGUCCAUGGAAUUAGAUGAUCUAGCUGGAAAACCUGAAAUUCCUGACAGUCAAACUGACCUUGGUGAGCCAAAAAUAGGUAAGGAAUAUAUGUGGCUGACUUGUCCCAACGAACAAUUACUUGAACUUGAAUUCUCAAAAUUGUUUAUGUGCACCAUUGAUGGAAUGGAGAGCACUUCAACGGUAUCUGAAGUGGUAAAAAACUUGGAGAAAGAAAGCAAUCAUGUUAUACAAGAUGAAGGAUUGCUCUCAGAUUCAUCACAAAUUGCCAUUAUGCAGAAUAAUAAUGGGACAACACCUUGGUCAACUCUGAGUGCCAACAAGUGUCAAGGUAGUGAAUGUCCUGAAAAUAAAGCUGAAAGAAGAAGCGUUUUUCAUGACAAACCAAGGAUGUCCCAGACCCAAAGCCAGUACUGCAGCCGUCCAAUGUACGUUGAUCUCUUAGUUCCAUCAGGAGGAUUGUGUGAAGUUCAGCAAAAGACUUCAAAACAAGAAGUAUUUUACAGAAGCACAGCUUUGUCUUGCAGCAAGCUCAAAAGAUACAAAGAUAUCCUACUAGCUUACAACCAACCAAAGUUUUGCAUAAUUCAGGACUUUUCAAUUGCCCCAAAAGUUCCCACUGAGGCUAUGUCUGUCAACACUUCAAGCAGACUGGAUGGAUAUCAUCAUGAAUUUGCUGAUGCUUAUAUGAAAAAGUAUUACUGUUUUGGUAGCCAGUCUAUUUUACCACCAGAAGUGGAUCAUCAUGAGGACAAAUCUGGGUCUAUCAAUACCAUCUUGGUCUCCAAGAAACUCACUUUACGAUGGAAUCAGAGCACCUGUAGCAAGAUUGAUGGAUAUUUUCAUACACUUAAUGAUAAUUUUAGAAAGGAAAAACAGUGUUUAAUUGAUGGUGAUCAAGUGGAUGUAAAAUCAAAAGAAAAAUCUCAAAAAGUGUGUUCAAAACAUUCUCAAUCCUGUUUGUAUGUAGACUUGUUCAUGAAAAUAAUUUCCUUCUACAAGAGGAUUUGUUUUAUGACAGAUGGCCAUAUGCUGAUGCAUCGUGAAUUCGAAAGCAUCUUAAUUGAAGCAAACCUAGACUCAAAGCCCAGUAUUAAGACAUUCAAACAACCAAAUGAAACAAUCGAACACAAAAUCCUCCAUGGGCAUGGAUCAUGCCGUUUAGACCUCUUUGAGGACAUUGUAACAUUUCGAUCAAAGCAAAGAUUUUCCAGGAAUGGCAUUAUCAAGGAAAUAGAGAUGUGUCCCUUGAGAAAAAUUACAUUGAUGGAAGAAGUUGGUGUUCCUUCAGAGGCAACUGAUGAAAGUAUCCUGCAUUCUGAGAAACAUGAACAGAAUGUGCCUGUAGAUCUUACAGGAAGUACUCCAGAGAUUAGGUUUUCUUACAGUCACAAUGAUUCUUGCUUCCAGGGAUCCAAGCUGGAUGAUUACAAGGCACUCCUCAGUUUUAUGUGUACUCCCCUUCAAUUCCAAUCAGGUCAAGAUAAACAGUUACCUGAAAAGGAAGGAAAUUAUUUUGUAGAGAUUGAGACUAUUCUCUGUCCCAUCAACACUUGCUGUCCAUUUUCCAAGGUGGAUGGAUACAAGGCACUGUUCAACCUAAUGUGUAUACCUUUAUACCUCAAAUCAGCUGAAAAUUCAAGUGAAGGAAAGAUUUUAAAAGAGAGUGAGGUUCACCAAAGUUAUACCAAUCCUUUGCUCCAUUGCUCAAAGAUAGAUGAAUACAAAACACUCUUCAUCCUCAUGACAGAUACUCCUGUACAACUGCAAUUGUCUUCAGAUUCGCAUUUCCCAACUAAUCUAGGAAUAAGUUUAGAUGUGACUAGGUCUGCUCUCAGUUCAAUCUCUUGUUGUCAGUGCCCUAAGAUGGAUGAAUAUAAGACACUGUUUGAAAUAAAGAAACACGCUCCUCCUGACUUCCAAUUGACCCAAGCCACAGCAUUCCCUCCAAAGGAAAGAAAGGAUUUGAUAGAACUGAAGGUUUCUCACAGUCUUCCCCUCCAAUCGGAUUCAGAUGAACAGUUUCCAAAUGACAAAGGAAAGGGUUUGGAAGAGAUAGUAGUUUCUUACAGUCCAAGUAACUCUUACUGUCUGUGCUCAAAGAUUGAUGAAUAUAAGGCACUAUUCACCCUUAAAACUUGUGUGCCUCUACACAGCCAGUCAUCUUCAGAUGAACAGCUCCCAACUGACAGAGGAAAGGGUUUGGAAGAGAUCGAGGUUUUUCACAGUCACAGAAACUCCUGCCGUCCGUACUCUAAGAUGGAUAAAUAUAAGGCACUGUUUGAAAUUAUGAAACAUACUCCUCAUGACUUCCAAUCUACCCAAUCCAUAACUUUUCCUUUAAAGGAAGGAAAGGAUUUGAUAGAACUGAAGGUCUCUCGCAGUCCCAUCAAACCUUGCCAAUAUUCAAAGGUGGAUGGAUAUAAGGCACUGUUUAACCUUGCAGCUUGUGAUCCUCUACCCCUCCAAUGGGAUUCAGAUGAACAGUUUCUAAAUGACAAAGGAAAGGGUUUGGAAGAGAUAGUGGUAUCUAACAGUCCAACUAACUCUUACUGUCUGUCAUCAAAGAUGGAUGAAUAUAAAGCAAUGUUUAAACUUACAGUUUGUGAUUCUCUUCACCUCCAACCAACUCCAGUUGCACAGUCCUCAACUGACAAAGGAAAGGGUUUCAAAGUGAUUGGGGUUUUUCGAAGUCACAAUGCCUCUUGUUGCCAGUGCUACAAAUUAGAUGAAUACAAAACAUUGUUCGACCAUACAAUUUGUUCUUCAGCCCACAUUCAAUCAGCUAAAGAUUCUCAAUAUCUUACAAUCAAAGGAAAGGGUUCGGAGGAGAUUGAGGUUUCUCAAAGUUCCACCAAAUCUUGCAGCCACCUAUCUAAGAUAGAUGAAUAUGAAGCAAUGUUUUACCCUGCAACUUGUUCUUCAGUACCGCUCCAAUUAGCUGAGGGCUCACAAUAUCUUAAAGUCAAAGAAAAUGCAUCAGAGGAGACUGAAGUUUCAGAGAGUCCCACCAAGUCUUGUCACCAUUGUUCCAAUAUGGAAGAAUACAAGGAACUGUUUCAUCCUACAACUUGUUCUUCAGCAGACAUGCAAUUAGGUAAGGGCUUACAAUAUCUCACAAUCAAAGGAAAUGGUUCUGAGGAGAUGGAGGUGUUUAUAAGUUUCUAUCAACUCUUGAAUAACCACUUUUGCCUCUGUAACCACUCUGGAAAUCUAACCAAAUGGACGUCUUCUUGUCAGACCGAUCUAUUCAUGCUGCUUGUAUUUUCUGUAAGUCAUUGUAUUCCAGAUGUGUUCCCAUCAGAUUUACAGCCUUGCUCAAAACUGGAAAGUACCCAUGAACACUUCUCAAAGCAAAAUAACCAAUCAAAAUCUAAAAGCUCGGAAUAUGAAAUUUACCUUUACAAAGUGAUUUUGAAAAAAGAAGAUGUCUGUCUUCAAGUAGAGUUUCAGAACCAUAGCUGUACUGCUCUUGACCUUUUGAAUCAUGAUGAUUUACAAACAGAGAAAGGAAAUGUACAUUUUGAAUAUGAGAUUUACAGACUCCUCAUGGAAUCUGAGAAAUUGUGUUCUGUGAAACAAUUUGAUGAUUCAUGCUCAUUGUUGGAAGGAUUUGAUAGAGUAUCUAGAGAGGAAAGUCAUGAUCUAUUGAGACCCGAUGGAGGAUAUUAUGAUCUGCUCAUCUAUAGAUCCGUCAUGAUGCAAGAAGAUGUAUGUCUUCCAGACAAGUGUUUUGACAAGCGUAGUACAGCUCUUUACUAUGUGAAAACUAGUGAUUCAAAAAGUAUAAAGGAAUUAGAUAGGACCGAUUAUGAACUGUACAGAUAUUUUAUGUCAGCUAAGAAAUGGUGCAUCGUGGAACAAUUCAUAGACUCUCAGUCAUGCUCCGUCUUUGAAAUUUUUGAUGGACAGACUUCAGUGGUAAAUUCUAGAGUACUGAAACCUUACGACCUUCUCAUCUAUAAAGCAAUAUUGAACCAAGAAAAUGUAUGUCUUGCAGUCAAGAAUCCACAUCAGUACUGCACAAUUCUCGAUGUCUUUGACAUGUGUGAUUCUCAGAUUCCAGAUGGCAGCAAAUAUGAUCUCUAUAGGAACCUGAUGGUCGCCAGUCAGUUCUGCUUUAUUGAGGAAUCUAUGACUGACAUGUGUCCCUUAAUUCAAUAUCUUGACAUUAAAUCUAUUCCAGAAGUAGACAUGAUUUCGAUCAAACCCACAACUCAUGAUGAUAUUGGUGGAAUACUUUAUUAUCAAUUAAUGACAAACAUUGAUUGGUGCAUCAAGGAUGAGAACUUUUUUACUGAAAGAUACUGUCUGCCUGAAGAUCAUUUCUCAAAUACUUCUGGAAUGCAAGAAAGGGAGGCAUUGAUAUUUAACAAGAGAGCAUCUGGAUCACUGUUAUUUCAGUUGUUGAUGACUUGUAACGGGAUGAGCUUCCAAGAAGACCAUUCUACAGCAGGCUGUACUUGUGAUAUCGUCAGUUAUUUCUGCUCAGGCAGCAAAGACGAUGAGAAAAAAGAUGUUCGGGAAACAGGCUUUCAACGGAGGCCAUCUAAUCUUGCACUGUACUUUAGCCUAUUAACAGGAUCAAGAUUUUGUCUCGCCGAUGAUGAAAAGCUGCAUACAUCUUCAAAGAUAAGUCUAAUCUUUGAUCACUUCAUUCAAGAUAACAAAGAACCGAAUCAGCCUGAAUCUUGUGAGGAUGGAACAUACCAUGGCAUUCUGGACUUGUAUAAAGAUCUGAUGAUGGGCCAACAAAUGUGCUUUGUAAAUAUAGAUGAACAUUCAUGUGUGGCAAUACAUCAGUUUGUAGGCAAUGUAACAGAGACUGCUGCAAGUGGUGCAUUCAAAUCUUCCAGUGAUCCUAAACAGUAUGUUACAUUCUGUGCUCUUGCACAAGGGUUCCCAAUUUCAUUCCCAAAUGAUAAACAAUCGUUUUCGUACUGCACUUGGUUCGAUUUCAACCUUUCAUCCAAUCUGGCUUCUGCAUUGUCAGGAAAAAGUGCAACUCAAAAUGACACAACUCUUGUCAUCAGCAAUUAUGAAGAAAUGAUUAUGUCUCCUUGGAAGUGCAUGGUGUAUGUUGACAAAAUGGCUAACUGCAUGUGUCAUGAUGCCCAUCCUCAUGAUAAAUAUCUUGAAAAAAAAUCACAACUCAAUGAGAAAUCCUACAGUGCUUCUAAACCAAAGAGAAAUAAAAAAAAGAGACAGCGACAGAGAAGUGACAUUAAGUUUGAAAAUAAUUUGGUCAAAUUGAAGUCCAUGAUUGACUCCUUCAGCCAGUGCAGACUGCUUCAUGAAUCUGACUACAGAAGUGUCUGCUUUUUCUUUAGUCAUCGUGUGUCCCAAAUCAUGGAAAACUCUGUAGUGUAUACUAGCCCUCUUAUUGACACCACUCGCAAGAGGAGGUCAGUUUAUUCUCUUCAAGUUGAUUAUGUUUCAAGUGAUGAAGGAAAAGAACCAGAGGGUACAGGAAACUCAGAGGAACAUGUAGAUGACGAUGACACACAGAAAGAAAAUGAAGAAGAAAUAGAAGAAAAAACACAGGACUCCGAAACAAGCCAAAAGAAUGAAGAGGAAGAUGUGAUUGGGGAAGCUGUGGAAACGGAUGAAGUGGAGGAUAGUGAAAGGAAGCAUGAUAUUGAGGAAGACAUUGUGAAGCAAAAUGAUGAGAUUCAGCCAGAUUCUAUUCAGCCAAGCCCGUCAUUUGAAGUAAUAGAUGGCACCACUAUCUAUUUGAAUGAUUUAGAACCUACACCUUUGCCUGGAGAACCUGCUAGCGAGAAAUACAAUACAUUUAACAUCCAUUCUAGCGACAUUGUAGAUGUGCCCAAAAAAGAAGAUAGUGAUGAAAGCGAUGUUGGUCCUCCAUCUAGUUUUUCUUUCAAAAGUGAGGAUGAGAUUGAUCCUGAAGCUUACAGGAACAUCCUGAACAAACUCCAUGCCAACCCUGAACUCCGGGACAAAGAAGGUGCCAUUCAGCAGGAGAUGCUGAAGAUCCUCCGUGACCCUGAACUGAAGAAGAACUUACUUAUCAAGGCCCAUGAACCUAAAAGGGACAUCUUGUCACCUUUCAGAUCGCAACAUCCAGCACCUGGGGAUGCUGUGCACAUGGAUCAGGCACAGGGUCACGUGGACGAUAAUGUUGAUCUACAGAAACUGGAUGCCAUGCAAGAUGAAUCUGUGCCACUUGACGAUUCAGAUACAGCUAUACCCCCAUUAGCUACGGGACCUAAUGUUGUAAAAGGAAGACCAAGUAGCCCUCUUGAUAAAGAUGAGGAAGAUAUCAAUUUUGUAGAUCCAUUAGCUCUCUUACAGGAAGACACAGAAGAACCUCCUCUGUCCAUUAAUGAAAAGAUUGAUAUCGCAGAAGAGAUCCUGAAAACCAAGGACUUCUCAAGUGAAAACCUUCAACCACCGGUGCCGCCUGACGAUCCCUAUGACCCUGUCAAGCUUGCAGCCAAAUUGAACACGGUCAAAGGCUCAAAUCCUGCUGUCUUUGGGGAUCCGGCCCAAGAGGUUUUUAACGAUGAUCCAGCUCUGUCGGCUCUCGAGGACCAGAACGAUCCAGUGGAGCAGGAGAGCCAAGAACCGUCAUUGAAUCAUUCCCAUGUCACAAUGCCCUCAGACACAGAACAGGUAGAAGAUAAAGUAGAAACCAUUGAUGAUGAAGAAGUUCCUUCUCCACACUUAGAUUCCCAUCUACCACCUGGCGUGGAUACCAGACCGAAUGUUGAGGAACUGGCUGACAGCAGCUAUGGGGAGCCUGGAUUACGCACCAGCACACGGUUUCCCCUACAGGUUGACGAAGAAGAAACCCCAGAGGAUACCGAGCAUGUCGACCAUGACCAUCCUUUGGAUGAAGAGAAUGCUGAGGAUCUAGAGCAUAGCAAUCCUUUUGAUGGAGAUGAUGUGGAGGAGAGACCCGAGGAUGCACAGGAGAGACCUGAUGAUGUGCAGGAGAUACCUGAUGAUGUGGUCCUUGAUACCGGUGUCCAAGAUGAGGACAAUAGCCAUGAAGGAGAGGGCUUCCAUCACCAGAUCUACACCAGGGAGGAGAAUGGGGAGCUCCAGGAUGAUGGGGUUACGAUAGAAGAAGUACCAGAGCACCAGGAGGAACAGAAUGGAACGGGUCCAGGAGGUGAUUGGUUUGGGGAGAUGUUGAGGAAUCUGGAGCCGGCCAUAGAAGAACUGAACCGCUCCAUUCUCAAGCCCAUGUUUGAAAUGUUGCCUAUUGAGUUUCAGCGUGCAAUUCAACAGCCUCAUUUUCUUGGUAUUCCAUGGAUGUUCAUCAUCAUCUUUGACGCUUCCAUGUUCACUUUCUUCAUGCUUAUAUUCUGCUUUUGGGUAUGCAGUUCACGAAGAAGUAGAAUUAUCCAGGAGAGACUAAGUCGUGAAGUUGAUGUACUCAUCGCUCAGAAGGCUGAAGUCAUGGAUGCACUUGAUAUGACCAACACUCAGUUCCAGAAACAGAACCUAGAAUACUUUGAGCUGAAGACCUCGACUGAACGUACCGGCAGUGACAAGUCAAAGUUAGAGACAAAAUACAAGGAAAUAACUCACACCUCUAAAGAGCAGCAGAAAGAGAUAGAACAGAUAAAAGCAACUAUUAAAAAGAAGACAUCAGAGCAUGAGUCUAGUCAACAGAAGAUUAAAUCAUUAGAACAGCAAGUAAAGAAAUCACAGAAAACCAUUUCAGAUUUGAAUGGUCAGGUGAAUGAUCUGCAAGGAAAGGUGUAUGCUGGUGAGGAAGAAUGUUCUCAUCUUGAGCACAAUAUUGGUACAUUAGAAGAACAGAAACAACAACUUGAUACCAGCAAAGAAAUGCUUGAAGAUGAAAUUAAAGGAUGGAAUGAAAGAGUCUCUGAACUUUCAGAACAGAUUAAAUUGAUUACAACAGAGAAGAAAGAUAUGGAGGAAUCAUUAACAUACAAAGACAAUGAAAUAGAGGUAUUAAAAGACUGUCUACUACAACUCAAAGGAUUGGAACAUAUACAAAAAGAAGGACCAGAGGUUGACUCGGAAUCUAGAAUACAACAGCUUAUGGAUGUUACAAGAGUGAAUGCUAAGCUAUCUCUGAUUCAGAAGGAGCGUGAUGAGAUACAACAGAAAUUAGAUGAUGAGGUGAAGUGUGGACGAGAUCUGGAAUCUAAGGUAGGAAUGCUACAUCACGAGAUUGACGCACUGCGUAUGGAACAUUCCAAGGCUCAGAGUAACCUAGGUGAAACUAAGACGAAGAUGGAGGUUCUCCAGGAGUACUUCAAGGGAAAGGAAGUCGAACUACAAAGGAAACUUGGAAGAGAGGAAGCCUUGAAACUACAAAGUGAAGAACAGCUCACAUCACUAAGUGAAAAGGCAAUAAAUGCUGAAGUAGAUUUGAAUAAUUACAGACAACAAAUUGCAGAUCUGAAAUCAGAAUUGGAGAAAUCUGAAAGAAAUUAUAAAACUCAGAUUGCUGCACAUGAAAAGAAGACACAUGAACACUGGUUGUCUUCAAGAACGGCAGAAAGAGAGCUCCAGGAGGCAAAGAGGGAAGCUGCUUCAUUAAGACACAGAUUAACAGAACUAGAAGGAAGGCGAGCUACAUCUGAGAAUGCUCCUCUCGUCAAACCUCAGGCUGCAGCACCAUCACCAAUGAGAGUAGUGUCUCCAUCAUAUGGACCAGGUGACCGAGGCAGCAAAAUGUCCAGGAGAGGUCCAAGCAGGAACAGUAUGAUAGAAGCAGAUGCACCAUCGCCACCAUUGAUUGACCCUCGCCAUAGAGGUUCACCAGGGUCCAGGCCCAGGAUGUCCCCACCCAUGAUGGAUCGAGACAUGCCACCACCCCACCCUGAUGACUACCUGCCACCCCCAAUGCAUCGGGAUAUGGGCCCCUCCCCUUACAGAGAAGUCUUGCCACACCACCCAGACUUUGGUCCACCCGGCCCGGGACCUUACAACGAUUCCUACGGUCCACCUCCGCCUCAUGGACCCCCUCCACAUGGUGGUUUCUCUCCAGAGUUUGGACCCCAUCCUGAUGAUAUGGAUUUUGGCCCCCAUGGACCCCCACCAGGAGACUUUGGCCCCCCUAUGAGAUUCCCUCCCCCUGGGAGGGGCGAGUUUGAUCUUCAUGGCCCUCCUCCACCAAUGCCGAUGGGUCCUGACUUUGACCCCAUGUUUGGACCUCCACCACCCCAUGGAAUGGAUCCCAUGCAUGGUCCUGGACCAUUCCCAAGGAAUGGUCCACCACCUUUUGAUAGAAGAGGCCCUCCCCCUGCUAUGAGACCUAGCAGUAGAUCAGGACCUGGGGGUGCACCUGAUGGACCAAUGGGUGGUCCUAGAACGUCAUCACCAAUGGUAACACCUGAUGGUCAACGGGGGCCUCGAGGUCCACCUCCUAGACAGCCUUCCAAUAUGCAGGCAUGAGAGAGAGAGCUGUUUAGAGUGAUACACCCACAUAAGCAGCUUCCAUCUUCAACAGUUUGAUAUCAGUAUGAAAGAUAGAGCCAUCGCUGAUAUUUGUGGAAUAGUAGCACCGAAGACUUCUAUUUAUAAAAAAAUAUAUGUGGAGAAAGGAAGAAUCUUUGUUAAGAUUGAUAUUAUUACAUGUAAAACAUGGUUUCCUCUCAUCACACAUUCUGUGUCACACAUUCAAGGCUUGCUUACUUAACAGUACAGUCAAACCUGUGUUAGUGGUCACCUCUCUAUAGUAGCCACCUGCAUAUAGUGACCACUAGGACCAAUUCCCAUAAAGGCAGAUUGUGUGUAUAAGAACCUGGCUAUAGCAGCCACCCAUCUAUGAAGGCCACAUUUGUGCUUCGCUUGGGUGGGCACUAUAGACAAGUUUUGUUGUAUGUUGAUAUUUAUAGAUUGUGGUGGGUGUUUUACAUAGAGUGAAGCCUGACUGAAAGUCAUGCUGAAGUGCCUACGUGCACAUAUGGGUUAUAUACCACAGUUGGUUUCAAGUGUGACUUUUUGUCAGAUUUAAAUCUUUGUGAAACAUUGCUGAGUGUUUAUGAGGAAGAAUUUCAGUAGGGAAAAUGAAAGUUUGAUAAUUUCAUAAUAAUUGUAAUGCAGAUAAUUUAUUUAGAGAAUUGAAAUACGAGUUGCAACAAUAGAUGCAUUUACCGCUGUGCUAAAAUAUUUAGAUCAUUUUCGUUGCAUUAUCUCUAUUGUGGCCACUAUCAUAUUUGACAGUUUGUAAUAUUGAGUGAUUUCAAGUACUUUGUUUAUGUUAGUGUUGGUGUUAAGAGCAUGAAGGAAUGUUGAGAACUUAGCUUCAACAUUUGACAGUCAUUUGAAGCCAUUACCGAUGGCUCAGCACCUUUAUGCAGUUAAACAAAAAAGUUUUGAUGAUGAAUGAGUGAGAAAUUAGUGAGAAAUGGAACUCAGAUGUCGUAUAAAGACUGUAAAAUCUGAAAUUGCCUUGAAAAAUCGAAUGGAAUAUGUUAUAAUUGUCUAAGAUGUAUUAAUUUGCAAUGAUUUGCAGUCAUUUUUAACUGUAAGGAUUAUUUUAUUAUGUUCUCAUUAUCUGGAGAUUUUGAAGACGAACAUGAAUACUUAAUUUGAAAUUAUUUCUCAAUCCCCAGAGUUUUAGUGAAUGGUGAAAUUAUGUGUAAAUUGUCAUUCACUGUGAUAUUCUUUUCUGCAGACAAUGUUCCACAAAAAUACUUCAUAAUUCUGUGGUCAAUUCUAACACCAACUUACAACACUGUAUUUGAACUCACCCACUCACCCAGUAUGUUAAAUUCAACAUUUUAGGCAAGUGAGCCUUAACCUUGUUAACAGUAAGCUAGUCUAUAUUUAUUUUUGAUUGCCAGUAUUGUCUUGAGGUAAAUGAUUUUUUUUUUCAAACUUCUUGAGACUAGUUAUUCAUAAAGAUUCAUUUUAUCAUUCUCGUCUAAUUAUGAUAUUGUAAUUUUCCAUGUAAGAUAUUUUUAAAUGCAUUUGGGCAUGCACAAUGCUUAUGCUAGUUAAAGAAUAUAGUCCCUUUCUAGGAGUUACUCUGUGUAUCAUUUUGAAAGUGCAAUGAAGAUAGGUUGAUCUGAAGUUGUUAGCAUUAUUUCAUAUCAUUGGACAUUUUCUUUGUGAAAAUGUGUUUUCACUGAGUAUUUUUUGGAGGAUUUGAGUAGUUAUUCAAUCCGGAAUGAAAGUUAAUAUAGAUUACAAGCUUGCAUUGAGACACUUGUAGAAUGGUAGCCUUUUGACAAGACUUUUUUUUUUACCAUUACACGAUAAUUGACAAAAAAAUGGCCCAGUGAUUAAGACUGCAAACAAUGAAUUGGGUGAGCCAUUUAUAUAUAUAUUGCCAGUUGAGUAAAUACUUGAAUAUUCAUUACUCUGUCCUGGGGCCCACAAUUACGACAAUUGACCAAUCAAAAUGAUCGUCUCUAACCCCUCCACAAUGAUAUUCAUUGUUAAUGUCUAUGGGUUGAGCUGUCAUGAAAAACGGCUCCUAAUUGGGUAUUAUCAUAUUGGUAGCAGAUAAGAAAUGAGAUGCAAAAAGGCCACCUUGCUGUGCUCAGUAGUAUAGUCUUUCCACUUCAGACCCUUUACAUUAUACAGAGGGAGUUCUUGACAAAAGGCUACUAGAAUUGUGAUGAAGCAAUGGGUUAUUCUAUCAGACUACUUUAUAGAACAAAACAGCAACCUCUAUCACUCUAUUUUAUUUCUUAGUUGAAAUUAAACUACUUACCCAUUAAGUGCCAAAUAUAUAUUUUCCUGUUGUGCUUUCCUGCUCUACAAUAUUUCUGUAUUCACUUGAGGCUAAUCUUGAGUGCUAACAUUUUGGAUAAUCUAGAAUUAUUAAAUUUAGUUCUUAAAAGUUUGGUGCUCAAAAUGUAAUAAUUAGAAAUUAUUUGCAGCAUAAUAGAGAAAUGGAUAAGCACAAUUUUUCUGUUUCUUUCUCUUUCAUCUUGAUGUUUCUUUCUUUUUUGUGUAAAUUUCCGGAGCAUGGUGAGGUGAGGUGAGGUGAGGUGAAUGGGUACCCGGUAGGAAGAAAUUCCUUGAAUGCUUGAGCGCCUAGGCAGCUCAGCUAAAGCCGGGGUAAUAAUAAUAGCAGGGCCCGCUGGUAGAACAGUUUUCGAAACUGAAGUGGCUACCCUGGGUAAAUAUACCUAUAUUAUUAUUAUUAUUAUUAUUGAUAAAGCUAUCAGUCAAAACUUCCCUGGACAUGUUGAAAUAUUGAAUUAAAGAGAUGAAAUCUCAAAAUUAUACUUCA